CACACACACACACACACACACACACACACACACACUGAUUCCUGCUGUUUGCAAACAGUUUUUUUUCUGUCCACAUACUGGCCAUGCUCGGAUGCCUGGUGGAUGCAGUACGUUCUGGUUAUGAUCUUUACAGGAUUUUUUACAUAUUUUACAGACAUGGGAAACUCUGCGGGUGUGGAAGAACUCCAAGCUUGUGAGAGUCAUCAGUGGUACAGAAAAUUCAUGACCGAGUGCCCAUCUGGACUUCUCACCUUUUAUGAGUUCAAGCAGUUCUUUGGCCUGAGGAAUCUAUCGGAUGCAUCAAAUGCCUACGUUACGACUAUGUUUUCAACGUUUGAUAUGAAUGAUGAUGGCUUCAUUGAUUUCAUGGAGUAUGUAGCUGCUCUGAGCCUGGUGCUAAAAGGAGGAGUGCAGCAGAAGCUCCGCUGGUACUUUAAGCUGUAUGAUAUAGACGGGAGUGGCUGCAUUGACCGUGAAGAGCUUCUUCAGAUAAUCAGGUCGAUCCGUGCAAUCAAUGGAAAUGAUUGUGAGAUGUCAGCCGAGAACUUUGCUAACAUGGUGUUUGACAAGAUUGACAUCAAUGGAGAUGGUGAACUGUCCUAUGAAGAGUUCAUGGAGGGAGUCCAGAAUGACGAAAUGCUGCUGAAGACGCUAACAGAGAGUUUGGACCUGACACACAUUGUCCAAAAAAUUCAAGGAGAGUUGAGGGCUAACAUCUGAUAUUUCCAGCUCUAUGGACCCUAAAUGUUUUUGUGUAACUGUGCCACAGCCGAAUGAUGAAGAUGUGGUUUCAGGAUGAUCCGCAAAUCAUAAUCAGAACAAAUGGAUGUGGACCGACCUCCGGGUCAUUGUCAGAGUACACCACGGUUGUACUGUUUUGUUUUUUCUUCACCUAUUCAUGGGCCGGCAAGGACUGUCCAGCUAUAUUGAAGUUGUACUCAAUGAAUAUGCAUCUAGAAAACUGAAACACGUAUUCACAAGAUUUCUACUGAUGUGACAGAUAUUCACAAUGAAAACAAGUCCGGAUUCUACCUUAUGAUAAAAUGUCUACUUAUCUUUGGUCAGCUUCAGGUUCUGACGUAACCAAACAAAUUCAAUAGGUCCACGUUAUACAGACAAGUUAAUAAUUUACAUAAAAUGCUGGCAUCCUCCAGGUGAAAUGAAACACUGCAUGAUUUCUGUCCACUGAACAUUAAGUGCCAUUAUUGCCAUGGAUUUUAACCAUCGCAUGCUGUCUGACGUCAAAUACAUGUUGAACUUUUAUGUGUUUAGGUAAAAGCUACUAUACCAGCAGAAUCUGGAGACCUCUUAACUUCCUUAAUAAUGUAUUAUAUAUUCUGUACAGUAAAUCCCCCUGAGAUUUCCCUUCUUCUGAGCCAUUGUAGGAGUGUAAUGUAAAGUAUUUUUAUAAAGCCUUUACAGCAAAGCUCUUUUAUGCCUUCAAAGAUUUUCAUGCAAAAAUGACCUACACUGAGGUAGACUCACUGGACAGUAGCUGUAAUGUACAUUUUAAAAUAAACAAUAAACUUAUCAGAAUCA